GUCAAAUUUGUUACCUGACAUGUGAAUCCAAAUAUGAAUUGUAUCUUUAAACAAUUUGUGAGGUCAUGCGCCUUGUCACAUGCUAAACCCUUUAUAAACACUCAUUACAAAUGUGGUUCUUUUAUAUUUACCAACACUUAUGCGACUGAGAGUGAUAACUUCCCUUCCUCCUUUGACCAGAGGCGAGCUCCCGUCUCUCGCAGGAGGGAGGGGCCAGAUUUUGAGGAGGAUGUCGAUGUUGGGGAAAAGAUUGUUAGCAGGCCAUCACUACCUAUUAUCACAUCGAGAAAGAUAGAUUUUCCAAACCCUUAUGUUGAGCCUAAACAGGCUUGGCUGGAAAAUAUGAACACAAUCCGUACUGAGAAGCUCGGAAUAAUUGACCUACACCCAGACGUGUUCAGUGCUCCUCCGCGUUUGGAUAUUCUGUACGAAAAUAUCAAAUGGCAGCAACUGUACAGGGAAAUAAACUAUGAGCGUGCAUUGACAAAGGGUGACAUGGACAAAGGUCGCAGAAAGCCUUUUAGACAAAAGAGCACCGGCCGCCAUCGAGCAGGCAACACGAAGAACCCAAACUUCAAGAAUGGCUGUACAUCCCAUGGGCCACGUGGUCCGCAUAGCAAAUACUACAUGUUGUCCAAUGAUAAGCGAGAAAUGGGACUAAGAAUUGCGUUGUCUGUGAAAUAUGCACAGAACGAUCUACAUAUCGUUGAUUCUCUAGAAAUUCCUGUAGAUGAUCCGGAAUAUCUGCAGGAAAUGAUGGACACACGUUACUGGGGAUUUUCCGUACUGUUUGUUGAUGAUACGGAUGUGAUGCCCAUGAACUUAUCACUAGCGUGUAGUGAGCUGGGACAGUUCAACCUACUGCCCGUGUAUGGACUGAACAUUUUUAGUAUCUUGAAGCAUGAAACUGUGGUUCUUACUCUGGCUGCUGUUGAAAAACUUGAGAAAAAGUUGCUUGAGCAACUGCAUAGGGCUGAUUAUAAGCAGCACACAAAGUAGUCUGGGCUUUUAACUGAUCUGGCUGUUGUUUAGAUGUAUGUUAUACAGCUGAAUAGUUAUCCAGGACUCAGCACAAUAUGAUCAUUACUCAGUUCGUUAAAAGAAGGAGAUACAUCUGUGUUGUUCUAAGCCCUCUGUUUACAAAAAAGCUUAGAGAUCUUUGGAGAUCAUUGAUCUUUAUCUCAAAAUUCCAUAUAUGGAUGAACAUGUGAUUUUGAUCAGUGAUAGCUGGGUAAAAAAAAGAUAUAAACUUGUUAAGGCUCCAUUAAGGAAUAGGUUUUGAAGUCUUUGUUUAGCGGGUAAGGGUUAGCUAACUGUAACCCGUAACUCCAUAUUGAAAUUGCAGGACUUGAUUCCAUCUAGAGCCAGGCCCUUAUUUUAUGAAUUAAGUGCGAUGAAUGAUAACAAUAUGUAGUUAAAUCCAAAUUCUGACUGAAGACGAAUUGUUUAUUGUUGAACAUGAUGAUGUUUUGACUUUGAAUACAAUUUUGUAAAAAUU